CCAAUACCCAUCUCCUCCUAUAAAUAAUUAUAAUAAACAAUUCACAAAGUCAGUGCUCAACCCAUUAUUUUUCUCUUUUCUUAUUACACUAAAAAAGUCAGCGCCGUCCUUUCUGCCGCUCUCUCUCUUGCAAAAGCACAGACGGGACAACAAUUGUUUUGUGUUUGAAAGUUUCAAGGUUGAUUUCCUGAUCUGAGAUGACAGAUUGGGACCUGUCCGCGGUGGUUAGGAGUUGCAACUCCAGCAUCACCACCACCCAAAAUGCCCUUCACCAAGACCCAUUAGCUUUUCUAGCUUCUCUACCAUAUGAACUUGAAAAUCAAGUACGCUAUCCAUUCCCCAAUUUUGUAGACACCACCACUAGGAAUUUUGAUUUUGAUGAAUUGCAAGACUUGUGCAUGCCCUUCUUGAUGCCCAAACCCAGAACCUCCUCCAUUUUCAAUGAAAUCCACCAUCAUCAGCCCCCACCACGACAACCCACCAACAAGCAGAAGCCCACUAACUCUGCUUUUGUGUUUGGAGAAUCCAGCAACAGCCAGCAACAGAGACACCCAAAAAAGCCAGAGAAAUCUCCAGAACAAGCACGAUCUCAGCCAUCCAGACCAAGGAAGAGGAAGAACCAGCAGAAGAGGGAGGUUUGUCGCGUAACAGCAGAGAACCUGUCAUCAGAUUUAUGGGCCUGGAGGAAGUAUGGACAAAAGCCCAUUAAAGGGUCUCCAUACCCAAGAAAUUACUACAGAUGCAGCAGCUCAAAGGGGUGUGGUGCGAGGAAGCAAGUGGAGAGAAGCAAUACGGACCCCAAUAUGUUCAUUCUGACAUACACUGGGGACCACACACAUCCGAGGCCCACGCACCGGAACUCGCUCGCCGGCAGUACUCGGAACAAAGUUCAAAAGACCGGAAACAAAAACGACGCAGCACAGGCCUCAAGUGCCGCGGCAGCUCCUGCGGACAGGGAGAGUGAGGAGGUUGAGGAGGAUGAGUUUGAGGAUUUCGAUGAUGUUCUGAUUCCCAACUUGGCUAUCAAUGAUGAUCUCUUUGCGGAAUUGCGAGGACUUAGUGCUGCAGGAGCGGUUGAUGAGAACUUCACUCCGUGGUCUCCUGGUAGCUCCGCCGCCACGGCCGGUGCAGGUGGUGGCUAAGGGAGGGAUUGCGGUUUAAAAAAUUUGUUUUUUAGGUGGGGGUAAAAAUGGGUUUUAAUGUUUUUUUUUUCUUUGUCAGCGGGGGUAAUAUACUUGUAAAUGUCUUAGGAAAAAAUGUUUGUUUUAAGUGAACGAAAAUAAGGAAAAUCAUAAACAUGUAGUACAUUUUGUUGAUGCAAAAUUGUGCACAACUUAUACAUCAGCAACGAGAAAGAUUGUUACGUUGAUGGUGAACUUCUCCAAUCCUGCAGGAACAAAGAGAGGGCAAUCUUUGACGAAUUGUUGACAUUCGGACGUUUAAGUUAUAUGGUAUAUUUCUCAAGAGUAAUUCAAGAAUCAAAUGUUUCAAUUGUCUCUGCAUACCUGGAAUGAAAACAUUCCUUUUA